UCGUGUGUGUACUAUAUACUGUACAAGAACUGCAAUACGAUUCAUGCACUGCAAAAUUAAACUAAAGUCAAAAUGAAGAUUCAUUACAUUCCUUUCUUGCCUGUGUUCCUGAGCCUUUUGGCUUUUGAAGUUCAUGCCAUUUCGUUCAUGUUAGCUGCUAAUGUCAGGAGAUGUCUUAAAGAUGAAAUACACAAAGAUGUGUUGGUAACUGGUGAUUUUAAACUGUCUGAUUCAGGUGGACACAGUGACAAGACAACAUUGUCGGUGACAGAUUCUAAGGGCCAUACAUUGUACACAAGGGAAGAUGCUACCGAAGGAAAAUUUGCAUUUACUACAGAUGACUACGACACAUAUGAAAUUUGUUUUAUGACAAAAGUACCUGCAGGAAUGCGUUCAGGAGAGAGAGAAGUCAGUAUUGUGGUCAAACAUGGAGUAGAAGCUAAGAGCUAUGAAGAUUUAGCUAAGUCUGAGAAGCUGAAACCAAUGGAGAUAGAACUAAGGAGAUUGGAAGAUCUGUCAGAAGCUAUUGUUAAUGACUUUGGAUACAUGAAAAAGAGAGAGGAAGAGAUGAGAGACACAAAUGAAUCUACAAAUUCAAGAGUGUUGUAUUUCAGUAUCUUCUCAAUGGUUUGUCUAAUGAGCUUAGCAACAUGGCAAGUCUUCUAUCUCAGACGCUACUUCAAAUCCAAGAAGUUGAUUGAAUAGAUUCUAAAUCUAUGGUGCCUUCAUUCAUUUCUUCCUUUCUAUAUUUGUAUUUCAUUAGUUCCUAAAGGUGGGUAUGGGUUUGGGCAAAUAACAUAGUAAUGAUCAAGUAAUAACUGCUCAUUUCUGAUAUGAAAUAUCUGCUAGAUCUUGCUGUCCAUUUAAUUCAAUGAUUUUCAUGUUGAACUUCUCUUGUUUAGUUGGAUGGGGGAUGGCUCGGGAAGUCAUCAAAUUGCUAUGUUUAUCCCUUGGGAUAGUAAGAGUUUUAUUAGAUUUGUUACAGCCAUGUAUGUCUUGCAAGGGCAAAAUAUGUGGAAAUUAUUUAGAUGAUGUCAUAACGCAAUUAAUUGGUUAUUUUGAUGUCAUCAUCAAAACUUUGGUUCUGUGUCAUCAUGUGAUUACUUUGACAACGAUUAAUAGACCCAAUGUCAUGACUCUAAUGAGACAAUCCUGUGAUCUUAAAACAUUCAGCAACUUUAGCACAAUGUAACAGCAGUGUACAAAUAUAGUUCCUGUAAAUGUGCAAUGUAUCAUGGUUAUAAAAAAGAUCUUGGUGUGGGAAAGAAUCUGCACUACUGCUGAUUUAUUUUCAGGUUGUGGAUUUUCUUGUUUAGUUAGUGCAGGAAACAAAGCUGUUCACUUUUAUGAAUACCGGUAGUUGUUUUAAAAGGUACUAAAGUAUACGGAUUGAUGUGUUUAAAUUCAGGCUCCAUGACUUGAUGGUGGUGUUUGGUGUUCUCAUUUGAUUAUCACCAUGGGGUUACAUUUCUUUAUUAUUCAGAUAUUGUUUGCAAUUUGUUCAUAUUUCUUUAAAAUGUAAUGAAGAAGAUUACAAGUUCAAGAAACUUUGUAUUAGGUUUCUACUGAAAUCUAGGUUACUUAUGGAUAUUUAAAGGCAUGCUUUAUUGUAAAUUGGCAGUUAAUGAUGUCUUUCUAUAUUUUAGGAUGGAUAUCAUACAUAGGUUCGGUAAUUCUCUACGUAUGCCAUAUACUGUUCAUAUAGUGUUAUUUCUCUAUAUCUCUGUAUCUUGUGCACUUUGCACAUUAAUUUGUCUCUUUCUGUGUAGUGAUGGUGUAGGUGUGUUAUAUUUUUUCGUUUGAAUUGGAUUGUAAGCAUUUUGUUGUUUUUCUCAUAUUAUCCUCUCUAAGAUGAUGGUUGCAUGGUAAUGAGUAUAGAUUAAUAGUGAAUGAGGCACUCAUUGUAUUUUCUGAUUUUCAAGUUUAUCUCUUUCUUUUCUUUCUUUUUAUAUAUGUGUGGAAAUUCAAUUAAAAGUUGCUAACUGCAUGUUAAUUGGAAAAUUGUGUAUCUAAAACCAAAAACCUUCAUUUGCCCUCCUUUUUUUUCUUUACAAACACCAAAAUAUUAUAAGAGAGAAGUAACUUUGUGUAAUAUGCAAAUUCUUUGCUAGUCUUUGUGCUUUCCCAAUUUCUUUAAUUUAUAAAUGAGUCAACAUAUAAUAUUUAAUGGCCUUGAAUGGGAUAAAAGGGUACAUCCUAGAUGAGCAUAUUUCAUAGUCUGCAUGACGAACAAAAUAUACUCAAAGCAAGUGAUUAUACCUGUGUAUCCCACAUUUAAAAAAACAUGCAAUAUUGUUAAUAUUAAUUGUAUGAAAUCUAUUAAACCAUUAUUAUUUUGUAUUGAUCUCAACAUUAAACAAAGGGAGAAAAAAUUUGUCCUUUUAAAAUUGCAUAGUCAUCUGGGUACUUUUUUUGCAAACCAAUUGUUCUGGUCUGUGCAAAUCCCUUCAUACAAAUAAUAAUACCCAAUGUAUGACAGACGUGCUCUGGCUGGAGUAUAUCUUACCUUGGAAUAAGAUUGCAUAACUUUGUCUCAUCUAUAUCUUGUCAUUUACAUAGGUGAUUUGCUUUGAGACUAGAUUUAAUGUGUAUUAUCACACUUGACAUUUUAGGACUGAAGUCUCGUGAUAAGAGCAGAUUUUGUAACAUGCAUUUCAAAAGUUUGUGAUAAGUCUUGUCUUCUAUCAUGAAUCCAGUUAUGUAGUCAUUUCUGAAGUUCUCUUCACUUUUUAUUAAUGCACUUAAUUUUAUACAUGAAAACACAGCCUUGUGUUACUUUUCAGAUAUUGUGGGUAUGUUCUACUACUACUACAAUGAGUGUAGUCCAAUUUAUCAAAGAUGAAUGCAGUAGUUCAUAUUUCUCUAUAGAAUCUUAUUUAAAGUUUACCUUUGUCAUCAGAAUUAAUGUCCUGCAGUGUUUAUACAUUUCUUAAGACUUUAUCUUGUCAUUAGAAUAUAAAUAAAUUUAGAAAGAAUACCUUGUUAUCAAUUUCAA